UCUAAAAAAAAAAAAACCUAAAAUUUUUUAGUUUUCGUUGUUAAUAAUUAAUCAAUAACAAUGUGGAUGGGAGCGAGCGACUGAUCAGCCAAGCCACCCUGCUGCACUUCUCAUGUCAUUUCCUUUUCUAGUGUAGCAACUAGAAAUAGUUUUAACCGCUUUCUUCUCGGAAACAAAGCUAUAGUGGAGUGCAGAGAUGGCUUAUAGAGGGAGAGGGAGAGGACGAUUUGGAGGCGGUGGUGGUUUUAGCUAUGCAAGGCAAGAGCCCUUUGAUUUAUUUCCUGAAAUUGAAUUACCUGAUCCCAAAAAUGUGAAGGAGGAAAGGGCAUUAGUUGUUUGGAAUUCAAGGUUGACAAACUAUUUCAAAUCCUCUCCUUGUUAUCUUGAGGAGAUUGUUUCAAAGGAGAUCCAGAGCAUGGACAUAGAAAGAUUUUCAGACAGGGGGAAGCCAAGGAUCACAUCAGAACGUGAUUCACUCGACCAAUUCUUACAGCUCACGUCUAAAAAUUUUCCUAAAGAACUGAUUGGAGGUUUAAAUAGGAAGCGGCCAAACAAAAAAGUGAAGUGGACAGCAGAUGCUUGUGUUACAGACUUGAGGAAAUUGGAUGAUUAUGAGAAGCGUGAAUUGAUGUAUGAGGUAAAAACCUUCAAUCAUCUGCCAACCUGCUACCUACACUAUUUGGGCCAAGCUGAAAAGGUUCAAAUGGAAAAGAAAGAAGACGAAGACGAGGAAGAUGAAGAUGAAGAACUAGAAGAACCUGAUGAUGAAUAUGAUGAUGGAGAUUAUAAUCAGAACAUUGAUUUUGAUGAUGAUGAAGACGAUUAUAACAUGGAGGAUGACAAUGCUGAUGAGGCUGUAUAUUAGUUGCCUUGCCGAGAACAUUGAUGUGUCUUUCUCUGUUAAGCAGUUUGCAAGUUUAGCAAACUGGACCGUAUUUGCAAUGGUCGUUGUCAAGUGCACUUGGGAAUUUUCAGGCUCCAUAGACAUACAGCAAGUGCUGCUUUUUGGUAAUUCCCUUUUUUGUAAUAUUGACUAUUAUGCCAUAUUUUCUUGAUUGAAAGAUGCAGCAGAAAAUGAUGUGAGCUCAAGGAAAUGGAUAUUUGAUUCUGCAUUUUAUUUACAUGAGAAUCAAGAUUGCUUGAGACACGAGACAUCUGAGCAUAUGAAUUUUGGUGUGGUUUCAAGCAUCCAAAGGAGAAAGCUCUGUUCAACCUUGUGACAUAAUAAAUAUUCAGGAUUUGUUCGAGUUA